CUUUUACUUCCCUGCUGUAGAAGUCCCGGUCCUUCAAAAUAUUCCCAGAAAGCGCGCUUCUCUGGUUCCUGGGCCGGACUCUCUCUCCGUUCCUUUGUCAGUUUCAAUAGAUUUUUAGGAGCCAAACGGACCGAUUCUUUGUUCGAACUCGUUAGCCCCAGCGUGAGCUCACAGGUUCCUUGUCUAUGGCGGCCGUCGGCGAAAGCUCGUCGGCUCCUCCUGAACCCUCGGACGACAAGCCGGUGGUCGUUAGGGUUAAACGCAAAGCUUUCCAUUCUCCGCUGGAUGGUUUCUGGCUUGAAAUAAAUGAGAGGCCGCUGAAGCGCUCUAUAUUGGACUUUGAGAAACUGUCACUCUCUGAUUCAUCUAAAAAAGAGGAAUUGAAGACUAGGAAGGUUUUUGUAAGGCAUGUAGAGACUGUACGCACCACCGAGAUCACCACCGAUAUUGUUCAAUCAUUUGUGGAAACUAAUUCAGCUGGUGCAUUUGAAUCCAAAACAAAGAGAGAAGAACGAAGACACACUUUCAAAAAGGAGAAUAGACAUGAUCAGAUUUUGUCUAAAUCCAUACAAAAACAAGAGGCUGUUGCAAAGAAUGCUCGUUUUGAGCAAAUAUGGAGGAGCAGAAAGGGGAAAAAAGAGAAACUACACAAAAUGUGUCAUUUCUAUGAUGUUGUUCGUGUUGAUGUUGAGGAAAGAUCCAAUGAGGUGCAAGAGCAAGAAGAGGCUUUGGAGGAGCAAAGGAUCCUAGCUAGUUAUUUGCCUUUACUGAGAGAGUUUAUUCCAAGUGCUGCGGAGGAGAUUGAAUCACAAGCUUACAAGUUCAAACAAGAUGAUUUUGUAUAUGACUACUAUACUGUCAAGAAUGAGAUGGAUGUGGCUGAUCUAGAUGCUGAUGCUUCACACCCUUUUCCUCUGGUACAAGUUGAUGAAGAUGACUUUUAUGAUGGGCCUGCAGAAUCAGAAUAUGAAUCCGAUGAUUCAAAUGCUGAAAAUAAUCCGCUGAAUGAUUAUCCGGAUGAGAUAUCUGAGGAGGAGGAGGAGGAGGAUGAGGAUGAGGAUGCGGAUGAGGAGAGUGAAGGUUCUGAAAAUGAAUUGGAAAAAAAUGGGAGAAAUAGAUCAUCAGAAUCCAUUGAUAUAGAAGACCGUCGGUUGUCACUUGAUGCACAGCUGUUAUAUGAAGAUGACAUAUAUAAUUAUGAUGAUUAUGAAGAAGACGGUUUUGACUAUGAUGAUGAUGAUAGUGGUGGUAAUGAUGUCGAAUAUUGAGGAUAGCAUUUAUGAACUUGGAGAUCGCAUAUUACUGCUGAAGAAGUUAAUUUCUGUUAGAAGUUAGCAAUGAUCUUAGUGUUAAAGAGAUAUAUGAAUAUAAGCAUAUAGUAUGGUAGAUGGUGUUUAGGACAUUACACAUUUAGUUCAUCAUUUAAGUUGAUAUUUAUCCUUGUUUUGCCUAUGAAGGCACUAGAACAUUUAGAGAAAUAUAUUUAAUUUAGAGUUUGAUAAAUUUAAAAUGAGCUAUAGAUUUUAAAUGAUUUGAUGAAUUGUUAUGGAA